UCCCAGUGCCAUAAUACACUUUUUCCACCCAUGUUGCUUCACUCCAUCAUCUGGGCCACCAGCUGAGGAGAUGGCACAGAGCAACGACCUCCAGGCAAGCCUUGAGGAAGUUUUUAAUGUUCUAUGCCAGAUGCCACAUGAUAAACUCCUUUCCUUCAAGGAUAAACUCCUUCACCUCGAAGAUAAAGUGAAGGACUUGAAACCUGGGCUCUGCAGCAAGUUCCUGCAAGUCGUGGUCCAGCUCACACUGGGGCAAGAAGUGGAAGCAAGAAUUGGUUUGGAUUCCUUGAAAGAUAACUGGGCAACCCAGUGUGUUCACCAGAGCAAACUGGGUACUGUGGGAGUGCUGGAAGUUGAAGCCGUGGCAUUUCUGAACCACAUCCGUGCUGUGUUGUUCCAAGAAGAGCUGCACAGUGAGGACGCUCUGGGGGAAGCCACCACAGCCUGUCACCCCACCAGGGAAACUUGGGGGGACACACUCAACAGUGUCCCAGUUGAGGACCAGGAAGAACAUGACUCUGCUACCAGCAAGGACUCAGAUGAAAAAUUCCAGACACUGAGAUCUGAUGUGGACAUAGGGCUUCACCAGAUGCCCAGCCCAAACUACGUGGUGAGAAGUUCUCCAGUGCAGAUUGGAGGCAGCUCCAACCCUACAGGCCCACGGACCUUGUGCUCCUUGGGGAGUCCCUCUAUCCCCAGUUGCUUUGAGAUCAGUGCCUCGCCAACGUGUCCUUUUCUCACCCAACCUUCUUCCCAGCAGCGUGACCCCAAGCCCAGCCAGCUUUGCCAAAGAAGCACGGGUGGUGCUGGACCUGAUGAGGACAGGCAGAGCCAUGGCCUGCAGGAAACCAGCUGGGCCAGCAGAUCCAACUCUCAUCCUGGGCAGGAUGCAGGUGCCCAAGUCCCCCAACCUGAGGAAGUUCUGCAGGUGGGGUUGUGUCAUCCAGCUUCCCCUGUUCCCAAAACCCAGCUGCCCAGGCUGGGAGCUGGGAACCAACCUGUGGAAAGCAGUGAUGUCUCCAGUACGGUGGCAGCAGAACCUCGGGCACCAGAAGGAAACAGAGACACAAAGCAAGACAAAAAGCAGUUAUCUACAGGUCCUCCUGAUUCAAGAGCUACAGUGGAUACUGGUGCUGCACACGUAUCCAGGGAGGACUCCAAUGUUCCUGUAGGCAUUUCUUCUAACUCUGCACCUGCUUCCAUUUCGGCCUGCUCCCUUCCUCUUCCCACCUACUCCUUCUCCUCAACGCUUCCCCAUCCUCUUAAUGGAGCUUCUUCCAACUCAUCACAUCCCACUCCCCUCCACUCAUCCCCCUCUCCAGUCUGGCCUCCUCCUCUCCAAACUAGAGAACCAGUGCCCACAUCAGAGCCAGAUGGUGGAGAGAAAAAGUUCUUCAGUUUUGUUGUUCUGCACGCCAGUGAAGAUGAGAUCGUUGCCCAGCGGGUCAAGAACCUGCUGGAGAACAUGGGGGUUCCCAAUGGUGCCACACUCUGUGAGGACUUCUUCAUUGCUGGACAAAGCCAUAUGACUUCCUUUCAGGAUGCUAUGGAAAACUCUGCUUUCAUUAUCCUUCUGCUGACCAACAACUUCCCAUGUGACCUGUGUAUGUUCCAGACAAACACUGUUCUGAUGGAUUCCAUCCAGAAUCCAUCCAAGCGCAACUCAGUCAUCCCUUUUUUACCCAAGGAGAACCCGUUGGGGCCGAGUCAGAUCCCCAGCAUGCUUGGUGGGCUGGUGAACUUGGAUGAGAACUCUCUUGGGUUCCCCAGGAAAGUGCAGAAGACCUUUAGCAGCAGUAGGAUCAAUGAGAGGAAAGCCAUGUGGGAGCUGAGGCAGAGAAGGAAACUCCAGCUGUAUCAGGAACGGUAUCAGACACUGAAUUUAGCUGCUCUGAACCUUGGCUCCCCUGCCCAGGAGCCUCCAUCAGCAGCACAGCCACAGCUGCUGGAGCAACCACCCCACCAAUGGUGUCCCCCUCCUUCAGCUGUCCCUUUUGCCACAUACCCAUCUCCCCCAGCUGGUCACCCUGGGCCUGCUCAGAUGGAUCCCCCUCCUUUCCAACCACUUCAUCUCCCACCAGGCCACUACAACAUGAUGCCAGGUGCAGGAGGCAUCCAACAUCCAACAUCCAUCGUCAUCCAACACGCCCGCAUGGUUCAGAUUGGGAACCACAACGUGAUGCAGGUGGAAACUGUCACACCAGGUCCACAGGAUGGACAGGGAGACACCAGUGCUUGAUCAGAGGCACAGCAGGUCAGCCAAGGCUGGCGACACAUUCAUUUCAAACCUUCAAUCACAGUGAUUCUGCUGGGACUGGGACUAUUCUUACUGCACUGCAGGUAAAAGGUGCCACUUCCUGGAGCACAGGAGAAAUUUACCUUCCUUUUUGUUGGACAAAAGAGGCUGCCAUCUCCUGAGGCUGUUCUCCUUGUGCUUAUUUUCAUGUAAUUGAGAAAACAAUUUUCCUGAUUUUUCUGAGGCUGCUACAAGGUUUUAGAAAUUAAUUUUAA